AUGAUAGCUAGUAACAAUGACGCUGUUGUAGAGGACUUGAAAACUUUGCUGAAGUCAGAGUUCAAAAUCAAAGAUCUAGGACCAGCUAGAUUCUUCCUCGAAUUGGAAAUAGCUAGAUCUUCAAAAGGAAUUUUUGUUUGCCAAAGGAAGUAUGCGAUGAAUUUAUUAGAAGCUGGUUUCUUGGGAUGUAAACCGAGUAAUGUUCCUAUGGAUCCAAAUCUUCAUCUUACGAAGGAUAUGGGAACUAGGUGGACAAAUCCAAAGUCCUAUAGAGAACUCAUAGGUCGGAUGUUCUACUUAACGAUCACAAGACCUGACAUUACUUUUGUUGUUCAUCAACUGAGUCAAUUCAUUUCUGCACCAACGGAUAUACAUUUACAGGCGGCUCAUAAGGUUCUGCGAUAUAUCAAAGGAAAUACAUGUCAGGGUCUGAUGUAUGCAGCUGACACAAAACUGUGUAUUAAUGCUUUUGCGGAUGCUGAUUGGGGAGCUUGUCGUGAUACACGACGCUCUGUUUCUGGUUUCUGCAGUUAUCUUGGCCAUUCACUCAUUUCUUGGAGAUCAAAGAAACAACAUGUUGCUAGCAGGAGCAAUAUUGAGUCUGAAUACCGAAGCAUGGCACAAGCUACCUGUGAAAUAAUAUGGAUUCAGCAAUUAUUGAAGGAUCUUCAUGUUAAGGUCACUUUUCCAGCAAAAUUGUUUUGUGAUAACAAAUCUGCACUUCACAUAGCCAUGAAUCCCGUGUUUCAUGAGAGAACGAAACAUAUAGAGAUUGAUUGUCACACGGUACGGGAUCAGCUGAAGGCAGGAACGUUGAAGACUUUUCAUGUUCAUAGUGAGAACCAGCAUGCAGAUAUACUCACUAAACCACUUCAACCAGGGCCAUUUUAUCAUCUGCUCCAAAGGCUGUCUUUAUCAAAUCUAUAUCUUCCAAACCAGACACUUUGA